CACGCUUUGGCCCCUUCGCCAAGAGUCCUGCCUUUCCCGGGCGAGACUUCGGCGCUCGUUCUCGGCGCUGCAGCGGAGCCAUGUCGGUGCCCGUCCACGAUCGCCUGCGGUUCGCCCUGGACGACUUGUCCAAGGAAGACCUGGAGCGCUUUCGGUGGAAGCUGAACAAGUUCCCCGUCCGCCAGGGCUACGAAAGCAUCCCCUGGGGGCGCCUGGAGAACGCCAGCAUUUUGCGCAUGGUCGACCUCCUGCUGGACUUCUACACGGAGGGCUAUGCCCCUCGGGUGACGGUCGAGGUUCUGGAAGCCAUCGGCUGCAAGCAGCAGGCGCAGAGGCUGCGGGUGGCCCUGGAGAGCGAUGCUUAUGAAACUCUUCGGACCUCUACUGGUGCUGCCCCAAAAGGAGAUGAGUUUAAUCUCCAAUGAACAGAGACUAGAGAGAUUGUACAGUACUAUGCUAAACAACAAGCAGCACCAAAAGAUCAUCGCAAAGGAAACCAUCAAGACGAAAUGCAAGCGCUCUUCAAACUCAGGCCAAGCUGGGACAGCUUUUGCAAAGAUCAGCGACAUGAGGCACUGAAGGCCACAAACAAGACAUCUCCUUAAUCACCUCGAAAGGGAAUGAAGCAACAGAGAAGACAGGAAGUUAUUUAAAAUUUCUAUUUCUUUUCAUGCUUCCUUCACUGGGAUAGGAUCCAAAACAGAAACAUUCCUCAUCAUGGAGUCUGCUUGUCUUCCUAAAAUGAAAAAUUUGUCCCUUCUCAGGAAGGCACUGUUUUAUGAGGCCUCUUGGUUGUCGCAAGAAUGCUUCCAGGUGUGUAAAGGCUUUUCUAGGAAUGUCCAUUUCCCAGAAUACAUUGGGCUCAGCUAUACUAUAAGGCAGUGGUCCUCAACCUUUUUAGCCCCACAAACCAGUUGGGGAAGGUGGGGCAUCCCCCUGCACUCG